CUAGAUUGGCCCAAUCGGGGUACUAUUCCCCCAUAUUGCCUCCCCCCCCCAAACGAAUUUCGUGUUCAGCCGUAUCACAGCUCCCCAGCACGGCGGCCGGCUGAUCCAAUCCGAGUUGGUUAUAUCAUACAAAUACCAGGCAAACAUUUCCGUAAAGAAAAAAAUAUGAAAAACUUUUCACCCUAUCAUAACAUAUCGGAACCCACAGAUUAUACCUUAUACUAUGGGGGCAAGCCUUAUUUUUUCGCCUUCUUCCUGGAAGGGCCAUCAUCCUCAACGCCGUUACGCUUCUGCUUCUUGUGGUCGACAUCGACAUCUAGUAUUGCGCCGUUUUCAAUGUCAGAAUCGGAUUCGAUGUCUACCUCGUCCUCAUCGUCGACGUCUGCCUCUUCGAAUGUCUGGCCUGUUUGGUAAAUGUCCUCGCCAAACUGAAUAGCCAGUUCAUCGCCAUUCGGGUAGACUUCUACAAUUUUAUCGUCUUCCUCUUUGUCUUCAUCACCCUCCUCAUCCUUGACUUCCCCAAGACUUUCAUGCUUCCCGGUCCAUUCAAACCAAUUGAAGAAGCUAGAUGGCCCCUUCUUCAUCAACUCCCCAAGUUUCUUCAUACCUUCACCAUCCCUCUUCCCACU